CCUCUUUCCCCAGCAUUUCAGCAUAUUCAACUACUUGAAUAUACUCUCGAAUCCUAGUAUACAGUUGUCCUUCGAAUACCGUAAUCCAUUUGCGUUCCAACGACGUCAAAUCAUGAAGCCCGCCAAACCAAUUCUGAUAGAUGGCAGUGCCGGUGAAGGCGGAGGGCAGCUCGUAAGAAUUGCCUGCGGCCUUGCAGCUGUGACCACUCAGCCUAUACGCAUUGUCAACAUCAGAGAAAACAGAGACCGAGGCAAAGGUUUGAAAUCACAGCACGUUUCAGCAAUCCAGUGGCUUGCCACGGUAACCGAUGCCGAGGUAGACGGGCUGGAACUAGGCAGUCGCAAGCUCGAGUUUCGACCGCGGACGCCUCCGACAGCGCUGAAAGAGCGGAAGGUUGUCUUCAUGCCGGAUAGCCCUGGUGCUAGCGCGCUCCUCAUCUUGCAGGCCGUCUUCCCAUUCCUGCUGUUCGCUGGGAAUGGAAACGGCGACCCUAUUGAGAUCGAGAUUCAUGGGAGCACAAACCCCUCUUUCUCACCGUCGUACGAGUAUCUCGACCAGGUUUUCUUACCCACGCUAGAGCGGAGAUUCGGCAUCAUGGUUGAGCGACGACUGGAGAAACGGGCUUGGACUAUUGGGCCGGCGACCCAGGGCACAAUUUGGCUCAAGUUUCAGCCUAUACCUCCUGGACAGACAUUAAAAGUGGUAGAGCCAUGGAAUACCAAACGUCAAAAGGGGGAACUGGAUAUUAAGCGUAUUGACAUCAGCAUCUUAGUCCCAGCUGGCGUGCGGGAGCCCCUGGAGGAAAAGAUGGCUGAAAGGCUCUAUCACCAACUUCAAGCAACAGAUAUCAAUUUCAUCCUUAAUGAAGAUAGCGGUCAUGACGCGCGAAUGUACGCGCUCGCCGUCGCCCAUUCGGAAACGGGCCUACGAUGGGGUUGGGAUUUUCUCUACGAUCGACGAUGGAAAAAGAAGCACGCAACGACACUCGCCGAGGAAAUAGCCCAGGUGGUCUCGAGUCGACUGUGGGAACAGCUCGUCGUGCAUCCUGCUGCCGUUGAUGAAUACCUGCAGGAUCAGCUGGUGGUAUUCCAGGCGCUGGCCGAGGCGAGAACGACGUAUUGGAGCCGAGCAACCGAGGCGUUCGAUUCCGAUAAGCUACCGGAGCGCGCCAACGAUAUCGACGAUGUAGACCAAGCCCUUGAGGACGUACAUAUCGGCGAAAGAAUGCGACGGGAUAAAACGCAUGAACCAUUUGGAUUCGGUUCGACACAUGCGACAACGGCUAGAUGGGUUACGAGCGAGCUUCUGCCUAAGGUCCGGUGGUUCAACAACGGGACCAUUUGCGAAGGAGCUGGCGUUUCUAUACAACUACCUCAACUAUCUACCUCGACAGAAAGCAAGGCCCAUGGUAAUGAUUAACCUAGCUCCCCCUCGAGCCCCAGGCUAGAAAUCCCUAUGCGAUCCGAUAUGCACUAUCUCAAAUCAAUACCCUACCUGUAUACACAUUGUAACGCGAUAGACGAACUUACUCAUAUACAACUUGAGCACCCUUGCGCAUUCCACUUCCAAUCCACAUGCCCUGGUUCACGAUGGGAGCAUAUCUCGCGUCGCCAGUUUCCAUCGCCACCGAAAGCCGGAAUGAAUACGUCGAGGGAUCAACUGAAUCUGCUCUAACAGGAUCUUGUAGCGCUUGUAGCACCUCUUUCGG